UCCAAUUGUUUAUUCAUGCCCGCAUAUGUUGUCAACCGUUAAACAUAAAAAAAACCGCCAAUAUUUUUCUUAAAAGAAUCAUUUUUAUCGAACGAAAAUGGCUGAAAAUGAAUAUGACAAAACUCUCCUUUUGGAUUCUUAUGAAGAUAGCAUUGUUUCGUGGAAUAAUCAUGAAAAAUCGAAUGAAAGCAUAUUAAAUCAAACGGCUGAAAAUGAACAAAAUUCUUCUAAAUCAACUUUCUAUUCAGUAACUGAUUUUGAUUCUCCACAACAUCCAAACAAUGAAAAUCAAAUCAGUAUUGAAAGUUCAUUCAAAAGUGAUGUUGAUCAACAAAAUGUCUCAUCAAUGGUAAUUACGUCACAGAAUUUCAAUUCAAUUUUAAAACUAAACUCGACCUCCUUGGUUGACGAGGGUAAUAUCAGCAACAAUUGUGAGGAGAACAUGGAUUUAUAUCUAUCAAAAAUUUUAACAUCUUCCAAUGAACAACCAAAUCAACCAACAGAAUCGAUCAAAAAUGAAUUGAUGAGAUGUUUAGAUCUAUCAGAAAUCCGAUCUACAUCAGAAUCAAUCAAUAAUCCUAAUUCAAUUGUUGAAACAAGAUCUGAUUCGGGAAUUUUGCAAACCAGUCGAUCAGUUUCAAGCGAGCUUAGUUCGGUCAAUAUUUUGAAUUUAGCUUUCAAAGAAUCGACUGGAGUAGACUUACACUCAAAGUCAUCAUCAUCAAUUGAUAUUGAACAACAGCCAAUUAAAAUCAAAGCCGAAUCUAGCGAAAAAAGCGGCGAACAAAUAAUUGAAAAACUCUUGGAUUGUUCAAUUAUUGAACCAUCGAAAUACACUACCGAUGUUGGCGAUAAACUUCCAGUUACGGUAUUAGGAAAUGGAAGCGUAAUAAAUUUAUUGGAUGUUUCGUUAUCACAAUUGGAUCAUCUAUCUUGUUUUGAAAAAAAUGAAACACAGGAAAAAUUGACUUAUCAAAAAGAUGAAGCUUAUGAUUUGAUGGAAUUAGCGAAACUAGAAAAUGAUGAGGUGAAUGAUCCAAAAAAUAAUACGGAAUAUAUAAUUCCGUCAAUAGAAGUACCAAUUAUUAUCAAUAAUGAGAAUUUUAAUGAUGAACAAAUACAACAACAAUCGAAUGAAGUGUGUCACGUUCCUAUUAAUGAUGUUAUUGAUCAAAUUAAUACAUCAUCAAGUAUGAAAAAAACAGCCAAUGAGGAUUAUGGGAAAAUAUCUUGUUCAUUAAUUCUCGAUGAUGAGUUGGAUAAAAAUCCUACAUUGUUAGAUUUAACCAAUACAUCAUGUAAUUUCUUAUUGUCGACAUCCUGUUCACAAUCUGAUAUUGUUGUUGAUUCGAUUAAAUCACCAACAUCUCAUGUUGAUACUGCCAAACCAAUCGAUGUUGAAAUAGAAAAAAAUGAAUUACUGAUUGCCGAAAAAUCUCAACAAAAAAAUAAUUUAGAUUCGACAAAUAAAUUCAAAAACAAUCAACAUGAACAACAACAACCCAAAAAGAAUGAACAAAUGAAGAUAGCAACUUCUAUACCAAUCGCUAUACGUUCACCUUUGAUUAGUUUAUGUAAUAAAAAUGAAAAACAAUUUCAAACUCGAAUUGUUACGCCAAAAUUUUUGCCAUCAAAUUCAUCUGCAACCAGUAGCGAUCGCAAGAUUCGUACAUUUCCGUCCAAUGAAAAUAAAGUUUCACAAUCAAAUCGAACGAUGAAAUCACAUUUACCAAGAUUGACAAGUUUGCAAAAAUCUCGUUUACCUAUUUCAACAUCUUCGAAUUUAAAAUCGAUGAAAUUGAAAAACAGUUCUGGAUUGCCAAUAUUAAAACGAAAAAAUUAAAUCAUCCGAAUACAAAAAUUCAUUUUUUUCUCAU